GAGCGCGGCGGCCUGCGGGGCGGCGGCGGGGGCCUGCGGGGCGGCCGGACGAGCCGGGCGCCAUGGGCCGUCUGCACUGCACGCAGGACCCGGUGCCCGAGGCCGUGGGCGGCGACAUGCUGCAGUUGAACCAGCUGGGCGCGCAGCAGUUCUCAGACCUGACCGACGUGCUUUUCCACUUCCUCACUGAGCCCAAAGAGGUGGAACAGUUUCUGGCUCGGCUCUCUGAAUUUGCCACAACCAAUCAGAUCAGUCUUGGGCCCCUCAAAAGCCUCGUGAAGAGUCUCCUCCUGGUGCCAAAUGGUGCCUUGAAGAAGAGCCUCACUGCAGAGCAGGUUCAGGCAGAUCUCACAACUCUGGGUCUUAGUGAGGAGAAAGCCACUUACUUUGCUGAAAAGUGGAAGCUCAGUGCACCGACCCUGGCACAAAGGGCCAUCGGCCAGACCCUGAUGAUUAACCAGCUUAUCGAUAUGGAAUGGAGGUUUGGAGUAACAUCAGGGAGUAGUGAAUUGGAGAAAGUAGGAAGUAUUUUUUUACAACUAAAAUUGGUGGUCAAGAAAGGGAACCAAACUGAAAAUGUGUCUAUAGAACUAACCUUGCCUCAGUUCUACAGCUUCCUGCAUGAGAUGGAGCGGGUGAGAGCCAGCAUGGAGUGUUUCAGCUGACUGGGGCCUGGAUGGUCCCGGGCUCUGAGCCCAGGUGCAAACCUACCUGGAAAACAACAGGAUUAAGUGCUAGCCCAGCACAAUCCCCUGGAAACUGAGGUUCAGGAACCACUACUGCUAUCUCUCCAGACAGGCUGUUGCCUCCCUGACCCCUCUCCAGAAUAAACAAUGGAGCCCAGG